UUAAUACCAAUUGAAAUGUUACUUUAUUUUAUAUAUCAGCAAUCGGAAUCAUACAAGGAUAUUUUUAUGGAUUUGAUUUCAAUAGGAAAAUUUGAAAACGAUGUAUCUAACACACUAACCAUGAAGGAAGGAAAUAGUUCAUACACUUUUAAAUGUCCUGUUGUGUCACACUGUGAAGACUACUAUGUCAUUCAGCACUACAAAAUUAACAGAAUUCAAGAUAUUCCGUCAGAUGAAAGAUGGAAACAUGUGGAAGCUAGUAUUAAAAUUCAUACAUCUAGUAGAGAUACAAAAGAUUCAAACAUUUCAAACAAAAUCAAUGAUGUUGUUCGAGAAAUAUUGGAUCGGGUUUCA